UCUGAGAACAAGGUUCUGGGCAAUUAAGUUUCUGGUACUUUCUAAUCCCAUAACUUCAGUGUCCUGAAAUCUGAGAAUUCCACCAAGAUAAUAUGAUAAGAACUUUCAGUGAUUUGGGGCCAUAUCCUACUUAGACUUAUGUGGAACUUCCAGAUUUCCUGAGAGCUUUGUACAGCAGCACACACUACUUGCUACUCAGCACAGGUGAUAAUGCCAUCUCUGCCUCAAGGAGUUAUUCAGGGACCCUCGCCACUGGAUCUGAAUACAGAAUUACCUUAUCAAAGCACAAUGAAAAGGAAAGGCAGAAAGAAGAAAAAGAAGGGAACCAUUACAGCCAAUGUUGCUGGGACAAAGUUUGAAAUUGUCCGUUUAGUAAUAGACGAAUUGGGAUUUAUGAAAACUCCAGAUGAGGAUGAGACGAGUAACCUCAUAUGGUACGAUUCUGCUGUGCAACAGGAGAAAAUUGCAGAACUGCAGAAUUACCAGAGGAUCAACCAUUUUCCGGGAAUGGGGGAGAUCUGUAGGAAGGAUUUCUUAGCAAGAAAUAUGACCAAAAUGAUCAAGUCUCGGCCUCUGGAUUAUACCUUUAUUCCUCGAACAUGGAUCUUCCCUGCUGAAUAUACUCAGUUUCAGAAUUAUGUGAAAGAACUGAAGAAAAAAAGGAAGCAAAAAACUUUUAUAGUAAAACCAGCUAAUGGUGCAAUGGGUCAUGGGAUUUCUUUGAUAAGAAAUGGUGACAAACUUCCAUCUCAGGAUCACUUGAUUGUUCAAGAAUAUAUUGAGAAGCCUUUCCUCAUGGAAGGUUAUAAGUUUGAUUUACGAAUUUAUAUUCUGGUAACAUCAUGUGAUCCAUUAAAAAUAUUUCUCUACCAUGAUGGACUUGUGCGAAUGGGAACAGAGAAGUACAUUCCACCUAAUGAGUCCAAUUUGACACAGUUAUACAUGCAUCUGACGAACUACUCUGUCAACAAGCAUAAUGAGCAUUUUGAACGGGAUGAAACUGAAAACAAAGGCAGCAAACGUUCCAUCAAAUGGUUUACAGAAUUCCUCCAAGCCAACCAGCAUGAUGUUGCUAAGUUUUGGAGUGACAUUUCAGAACUGGUGGUAAAGACUCUGAUCGUGGCGGAACCUCAUGUCUUGCACGCGUAUCGAAUGUGCAGGCCGGGGCAGCCUCCAGGCAGUGAAAGUGUCUGCUUCGAAGUCCUGGGAUUUGACAUUUUGCUGGACAGAAAACUAAAGCCAUGGCUUCUGGAGAUUAAUCGAGCCCCAAGCUUUGGAACUGAUCAGAAAAUAGACUAUGACGUCAAAAGGGGAGUGCUGCUCAAUGCGCUGAAGCUGCUGAACAUCAGGACCAGUGAUAAAAGGAGAAACUUGGCCAAACAAAAAGCUGAGGCUCAAAGAAGGCUCUAUGGUCAAAAUUCAGUCAAAAGGCCCUUACCAGGCUCCUCAGACUGGGAGCAGCAGAGGCACCAGCUGGAGAAGCGGAAAGAAGAGUUGAAAGUGAGACUUGCUCAAGUGCGAAAGCAGAUCUCGCGAGAAGAGCAUGAAAAUCGACAUAUGGGGAAUUACAGACGAAUUUAUCCUCCUGAAGAUAAAACACUGCUUGAAAAGUACGAGAACUUGUUGGCUGUUGCCUUUCAGACCUUCCUUUCAGGAAGAGCAGCUUCCUUCCAGCGGGAGCUGAAUAAUCCUUUGAAAAAGAUGAAGGAGGAAGAUAUUUUGGAUCUUCUAGAACAAUGUGAAAUUGAUGACGAAAAGCUGACAGGAAAAACUACCAAAAUCCGAGGACCAAAGCCUCUGUGUUCCAUGCCGGAGAGCACCGAGGUCAUGAGAAGACAGAAGUACGACAGCAGUGACAGCAGCUACGACAGCGGCAGCUCCUCCUCAGAGUCUGACAGGAACGAAAAGGAGUACGACAGUAGGAAGAGAGACAAGGAGGUCGCCUACGCUCUGAAGCAGUCCAACCACUACAAGUUCAUCCAGCAGCCCAUAGGCUCCAUACGGCGCUCAGUCAGCUGCCCUCGGUCCAUCUCUGCUCAGUCACCUUCUGGCAGGGACAUCCGCCCUUUCUCUGCUCAACAAAUGAUGUCUAUACCCCGGCCAACUUCAGCAUCUCGGUCACAUUCUUUAAACCGUGCUUCCUCCUACAUGAGGUGUGUGCCUCCGAGUCAUGGAAUCAGCGCCACCAGCUUACAGGAGACUGAGGCUUUGCGGAAGCUGAAAACAAAAGAACAAGAAGAUGAUCUAACAAGUCAGACCUUGUUUGUUCUCAAGGACAUGAAGAUCCGGUUUCCAGGGAAGUCAGACGCAGAGUCAGAACUUCUGAUAGAAGAUAUCAUUGAUAAUUGGAAGCAUCAUAAAACAAAAGUGGCUUCCUAUUGGCUCAUAAAAUUGGACUCCACAAAACAACGCAAAGUCCUGGACAUAGUAAAAACAAGCGUCCGUACAGUCCUUCCACGCAUCUGGAAGGUACCUGAUGUUGAGGAAUUAAGUUUAUAUCGGAUUUUCAACCGGGUUUUUAAUCGCUUACUCUGGAAUCAUGGUCAAGGACUGUGGAAUUGUUUCUGUGAUUCAGGAUGCUCGUGGGAGAGUACAUUCAGUAAAAACCCAGAGAUGAUGACUUCUUUGCAGCUCCAAUGUUGCCAGCGCCUGGUGGAGCUUUGUAAACAGUGCCUGCUAGUGGUUUACAAAUAUGCAACUGACACCAGAGGAUCAAUUACAGGCAUUGGUCCCGACUGGGGUAAUUCCAGGUAUUUGCUACCAGGGAGUACCCCAUUCUUCAUGAGAACACCAUCCUACAACUUGAAAUACAAUUCACCUGGAAUGACUCGCUCCAAUCUUUUGUUUACAUCCCGAUAUGGCCAUUUGUGAAACAGGAAGAUCGCCAUGAGUUAUGCAUAAUAGCAAAUGAUUUCCCCCCCCCAAGUUGAACAUGCAGAGAAAGUGACCAUUAAGUGCUGUUUAUGUAUAUAAGACAUAUAUGUAUGUGUGAUAAUAUGUACACACAUGCGCUCAAAUAACGUAUAUAUUUAUUAAUAUUA